AUGAACAGCUUAUUAGUAUUGCAGACCCUAAAUGCUCUGAUCGUCGGUUUUCAUUGCUUUGACAUUGUGGCUCGGACUCAGCACGGAAUCUCACUGUUAUCGGUGAAUGAUGUGACCUUAGAAGCCGAAACCACCCUACUUGUUCCGUCAAUACCACAGGAGUUAUCUGUUUUACUAGCGGUCGAUACCACUGGAACAUGUUACUACACUUUACAUAAUCACCUAUAUUCCUUAUCGCUCGAAAACCAUACGUCGAUUAAUCUUGGCAGAAUUGGAUAUGGUCUCGAAGAAUCACCCACAUCGAUCGCUUUCGACUGGAUCACUUAUAAGAUAUUUGUUUCACUUUCUGGUGUUGGUCAUGAUAGUUCGGCUAAAGUAUAUGCCUGUAGUUUGACAGAUGCGACGAACUGUACCAUAGUUAUCCAUGAGAACCUCGACUAUCUGCAUUCACUUUGUUUAGACGGUCUGGACGGGAACAUGUAUUGGUUGAAUGGCAUCACAAAUUGUAUAGAGAAGUCUUUUAUGAAUGGAAAACAUCACGAUAAACAUCCAUAUAGUGAUCAUGCCUUUAGUUUAUCCAGAGAUGCAACGUACUCUUCACUUACUCUCGAUCUCCCUUCAAGGCGAAUUUACUUUGUCCGAACACGGACAGAAUCGUCUCAGAUUUGGUACUGCGAAUUGUAUCAUCGUGACUCGUGCUCUCAAGUAUACGAAACAGUCCCUAUUCAGUUUCUUUCGGUUUCCAAGUCUCGUUUUGUAUGGUCUACUUUGCAUUCUGGUGAAGUGGUUGUCUGUGAGAAGUCGAGCUGCAGCACUACUUACAGAACGAUCGACAAUGUCCGUGGUGUAGAGUCUUUGGCAGUACUUGAUCCUUCUAUGCAACCUAAAAGGACCAAUCCUAAUCCAUGCUCAGAAGGCAAUGGUGGUUGCUCUCACUUCUGCUUGUUGUUGAACUUUCAUCCAUGGUCGCAGUGCUCCUGUCCAGUCGGAAUCAAAUUGCUGGCCGAUGGAAAAACAUGCAAUCCAUUAGGAAUUGAUAAGGUCUUAUUUAUUUCGGCUGUUAGCGGGAUCUACUAUAUUUCCCUUGAUACCAGUGAUUUCACUCCAAGACAAGUCUUAUAUGAAGGCCUAAGUCAUGAUGGAUUCACUCAUAAAUUUUACGAUAUUGAUUUCGAUCCCGUGGAAAAAAAGAUCUACUGGGUCGAUGCGAGUAUGGGAAAGAUUCGAAGGUGUUCCAUCGACGGCUCAGACGCCGAGGAUAUCCUUUCCAUCCCCACCUCUGUGCGAGUUUUUCGUCUUGACUAUUUGGCAAGGAAUAUAUACUGGAUUGAUAGCGUUCAGAACAGGAUUUUUGUAACAAGAAUCGGUACUAUUUACACACGAUUCAUUGUUGUCCAUGGAGUUAGUAGUCUUCAGACGUUGACUCUAGAUCUGCAGAAUCGUCAUAUUUACUUUAUUGAUAGUACUGGCGUGGAAUUUCGAAUUGAACGUUGCGAUCUUGAUGGAAUGAAUCGAAGAAAAAUAAUGAUUAUUGACCAAUAUGCGUCGCCUAACGGUAUCGUCGUUGAUCCUCAGAGCAGUCGCUUUUAUUGGACUGAAGGAAAUUACUCCGUUAUAAAGACGGCGUUUUUGAACGAGACUCAGCCGAAGCUUGUUGGCCCUCUUCUCAAGUUGUCGCAGCCUUAUUCAAUCUCGAUUUUAGAUCAGGAAUUGUAUUGUAAUUCUCUUGCUGGUCGAACGGUGAUGCGUAUCUCAACGAAAUCCGUAGGUGGUAAGUUCGUCAACUUCUUCUUGCUAGCUUGUAAUGUCACUAUUCUUCUUCUACUGCGCAUUGCUGACGGAGAGCCAAAAUGCAAAUGUUCGACAGGAUUCGAACUCAUGUAUGACGGACGAACGUGUAGCAAACCUUCGGCAUACUUCGUUUUACUUCAGGAUGGUGUCAGAGAUAUUUCCAGGGUGUCCUUAAAUAUGCCAAUGACUUUUGAUUCACUGGGCAUACUGAAUGUAACUGAUCCUCCAAGUACUGCUGAUAUUGACCAGCGCGGUAAAUAUAUAGUAUACGGUUACUCGUCGUCAUCUAUGGGUUAUAUCAGACGAGUAUCGCUUACUGAAGCGGUUGUUUCGGAGACUGUUAUCGACGAUCCUACUCUUAUUGGUAUGCAUUCUCUGUCUGUGGAUUGGAUGUCAAGAAAUAUAUAUUGGUCGAAUCCUGUUCGGGGUCGCAUUGAAGUUUGCGAUCAUAGUGGAAGAUAUCGGCGAACAUUAGCGUCAGAGUCAAUCCGUCCUACCUCACUGAUUGUUCACCCUGUUGUUGGAUCGGUUUUCUUUGUUAAUGAGCAAAGCAACGUUACAAUUAAGCGUGUGGCUCUCAUCGGUGACAAAUUUGGUGGAGUUGACAUUGUAGGGGACUUGACUGAUGUCCGUUCUCUUGCUAUUGACUUCAGGAAGGACAUGAUAUAUUGGACAGAAUUUGAUGGUUCUGUUGCUCGUGCUUAUCGAGAGUUGCUGUACGUAGGAAGGGAUGUUACUCCAUACCGGCUUUUCCACUUCGAUGAAAGAUUGUACUAUUCUGAUGACAAGCGUAGUUCAAUUGGCUACUAUAACGGAAGGGAGCUUGUUACUCUGCACAGUAAUGUGUCAAAUGUUUCCGGUCUUCUUAUUUUCCAUGGACGUUUCUUAAAUGAUUCAAGCCCGUGUAUGUACGAGCAGUUUGACUGCCCGCAGUUGUGUUUCACCACCUCACGAACAGAACAUACGUGUCUUUGUUCUGAUCAUUUUACAUUUGACCAGUAUUCACUUACUUGCAAGGCUCCAGAAAAUAUAAUUGUAUCGGGCAGUCAAGAUGGCUUCGUUGUGAUGAAUUUACGACGUUUGGCUGAUCAGACUAUGUCCUAUCACGAGGUCCAUUUGAUUCACAAACUUGUUGUCAAAGACCCCAUCGUCGAAUUCGCUCUAUCAUCCGUUGGAAUUCCUCACUCCAUUGCAGUGGACACGUCAACUCGACUAAUUUUUUGGAUUGAUGCCAAAGAUCCAACGAAAAUCAAGUUCUCACGUCUUGCAUUUCCUGCCAAUACGUUCAUCUUUGCUGAUCGUCACAACUGCUCCACGUUUUACUCAUUAGCGAUGGACGAGAAUGGUCGCGUUCUUUAUGCAUCGUGCUAUUCGAAAGCUGGUAUAGGCUAUGUGUAUGCAUAUAGGAUGCAGCUGUGCAAUGGAGAAGUGGAUUGUGAGGAUGGAUCAGAUGAAAGGCAUUGCAGCAACUAUCCAAUUUGCUCUGUAAGCAGACCGGAGACAAUGUCAUCGAUUCACCAUCUCCGAAAUUCAGGUGUAGCAGAGGCAAGCAUUCUGCUGCCACCUCAUACACAGAUUGGCGCUCAAGUCGAAGUAUCAUUACAAGCGUACUCGAUGGCGACGUCAAACUCCUCCUAUCCGGCACUACCGCCGCCGAAUUCGACUCACUCACUGAGCAGGUCCAGUGACUCUCAGCAGCGAUCCUUCAUGAAAGACAUUCCUCUGAAUCGUUUCUACGCCCCACCACCAAGUGCGGCAAGCUUAUCCACCUAUGGUAUUGUGAAGCCAGCAGAAGUUCGAUUUUCUACGAUGAAUAAUAGGCAACGGCCGAAGCGAAAGAAGCUGUCAAUUGGAGGACGCGGCAACAACUACAUCAGUGUUGGAGAUGAUGGAUUGUCAUCCACAAAUGAGUUCCACUCCGAAGUCACGCCAUUGUUCUACACCACAGUCGUCAUGUCAUCAAGCGCUUACGUCGAGAGGAACUUCGUCACGGCUGCUGAAUAG